AUGAAACUCAAAAACAUCAGUCGAACCACUCAAAGGCUCUACAGUAUAUAUACUACAGGACCACAGGGUGUAGAUGGAAGGUUACCCCGGUUUCUGGCAGGCAGCUCGCUUGAAAAGUCAAACUCGGUGGUAAUCACUGAUCCUUACGUGAUCUACCAAACUUAUGUUUCCGCCAACCUUCUUGAAAGAGACGAGGCACAGAUACGGGUGAUGAAAGAGUUUCAGAAACUUUAUUAUAGAGUUAUAGACUACAAACCUCCCGAUAGCAUUGCCAUACGUAUUUCGCUUCUUCUUCGAAAAUUAGAGAUUAGACAAGCGGAAGAAUCACUGGCUUUAAAGUCUAUUAGAAACCAACCGUUCUAUAGAAUCAAAGGAUGGUUCAGGAAAGACAUCGAUGCUCAAAAGAAAGAAUUGGUGAGGUAUAUGACAGACGAAGAAGAAUUACACAACAUUGCAGCGCCGCAGGGUCUUCUUGUGAACGGGGAGGUGGGAUGUGGCAAGUCUAUGUUGAUGGAUAUUUUUGCAAAUUCGCUUCCACACCAAUCGAAGAUGCGCUGGCAUUACAAUAAUUUUAUCCUCUGGGUGUUUGGAGAAAUUCACCGGAUUCAGAAGGAACGAAUGUUAACAGCAUCGUUAUACGGAAAGCACAGGAUGACAAUGGAGAACGAGUUUAUCUUAUUCGAAAUAGCCCAAAAGAUGAUAAAAAAAAGCACAAUUUUUUUACUUGACGAAUUUAUGCUUCCUGAUGUUGCCUCAGCGCAGAUUGUGCGUAUUUUAUUUACAUACUACUUCAAGAUGGGUGGUGUCCUUGUGGCAACAAGCAACAAGCUACCAGAAGAGCUAUACUCUAAUGAAUUCAACAAAUCUCGUUUUAAGUCAUUUGUGGGAAUUUUGGGAUCCAGAUGUGUUAGCGUGGAUAUGAAGUCAGCAAGGGACUAUAGGCUGCACCUCGCUGAAAAACUGUCUAACACUAAGAAUCUCGUAGUGAAAGCGAAUGACAAGGAUCAUGAACGUGAGUGGAAUCGAUUAGUCAAAAGCGUUGCUCUCGAGAUCGACAAUUCAUCUCCUUUGAUGGAUUCGAAAGUGAAGAUUACAGACUUGGACCUGCAGCCUGCUUCCAUACUGGUCUACAAUAGACAAUCAUAUAUUCCUCACACAUUCAAUGACCAAACUGUUUGCUAUUUGGAUUUUGAUUAUAUAUGCCGUGGGCUUUUUUCCUCGUCCGACUACAUCUCGCUUGCCUCUGUCUUUAGGACAGUGAUAGUCGACAAUGUUCCCGUGAUGACCACAAAGAUGAAGAAUGAAGCUAGGCGAUUCAUAACGCUCUUGGAUGCUUUAUAUGAAGCGAAGUGUCAAUUCUUUAUGCGCAGUGAAGCAGAGAUCGAUAAACUAUUUUUUCCUGAAGAAAACGGAAAUUUGGAGGACAACUAUACUGCCGUACAACAGGAGGAGAUGUUUGCUAAAACUGCUAUUGCCACGAUGAACCCAUACAGACCGAACAUUUCCUCUUAUGAUCAGGAAUAUGCGAAAGAGUUCGAGGAUAUGAGUACAGAGAGAAGUAAUACUGUCAACUUUAGUAACACAAGAGCUUUCACUGGUGAAGACGAGAAAUUCGCUUACAAGAGAGCAGUGUCGAGGAUUUCCGAAAUGGUAGGAUCAGAUCAUUGGCGUGCCUCGGAUCGAUGGACGCCCAUCGAUAAAAGCAUGAGACCAUGGGAAGAGCAGCUCGUUGAUGAAAGUGAAGUACAUGAACUUAAGUCGAGAUCCCACUACAGAACACAGAAGGACAGUACUGAAAGUGGCAUGGAAGCUAGAUUUCAUCCAAAAGAGUUGAAGCAGACCCUCAAGAAUAUUCUUCCUCGAGAUGCAAGUGCCAUGCUUAAUGUAACGUUCACAGAAUUCAACCGCAAAGCAGCUCCCAGCUUUCCCAGUAUCCAACACUUCUGGGCUUUGGGGACGUGGACUGCAGCCCAGCGCAAGAGGAUAAAAGACAAGAUUGCACAGAAGUGGGUAAGUGGGAGUACGCGAAAAGAGAACUGA